AUGGAAUCGGAUCUCGGGAAGGUUUUCAUUGGAGGUAUUUCGUGGGACACAAAUGAGGAUUGCCUUCGGGAAUAUUUCGAGAAAUUCGGGGAGGUUGUAGAGGCGGUGAUCAUGAAGGAUCGAAAAACUGGCCGUGCUAGGGGUUUUGGAUUUGUGGCCUUUGCAGACCCUGCUGUUGCCGAGAGGGUUGUCAUGAUUAAACACCGAAUUGAUGGGAGGAUGGUAACUACCAUUGCUACCUAUUUGAAAAGUACAUGCUUAAAGAAAUUGAUAGAAAACAGAGAACAGGUUGAAGCUAAGAAAGCUAUUCCAAGGGACGAUCAACGCAUAUUACUUAACAGAAACAACAAUAGCCUCCUCCUCCAUGGUUCACCUAGUCCAAGCCGCAUAAAAAAAAUAUUUGUGGGAGGCCUUCCAUCCAAUAUAACAGAAGCAGAUUUCAAGAAAUACUUCGAAAGGUUUGGUGCCAUCACAGAUGCUGUUGUAAUGUAUGAUCACGACACUCAGAGGCCAAGAGGCUUUGGUUUUAUAACUUUCACUUCAGAAGCUGUUGUUGACAGAGUUUUGCAGAAUUCCUUUCAUGAACUAAAUGGAAAGAUGGUGGAGGUCAAAAGAGCUAUCCCAAAAUACUUCUCCCAAGGACCUACUAACUAUGGCUUGAAUAGAUUCAACAGUUCUUUUAAUAUAUAUGGUCAGGUGAACAAUCGAAGCGCUCUCGGUAGCUUUGGGCCGGCGAUCGGCGGUCGGAAUGGGUCCCCUUUCACUCCUGGUUAUGAAAUUGGGUUGGGUUUUGAGCAUGGAGUGAGACCAAGCUAUGGAGAAAACUUAAAUUUAAGUAGCAAUAUUGGUUAUGGACAAGCCUUGAGCCCAUAUUAUAGUGGGAAUUUGACUAGAUUUGGUGGCUCUAUUGGUUACAGUGCAGGUUGUGGUAAUCCUGGUUCAUCUUUUGAUUCAAGAGCUCUUAAUUUAUGGGACAAUGGUGACUAUAAUAUUAUCCCUGCAAGUGCAAAUUCCUUCGCAGCCUCUGGAAUAGGGAGCAUUAAUGGUUUCGACAAUAAUAUUAUCAGAAAUCUGGAUGAUACUUUUGGUUUUUCUAGUGAUAAUUAUCCAAGGCGUUAUGACAUUGGCUCUCUUAGUGCUUCUUUCACAGCUAGAAGAAACUAUAUGGAUUUAUAUGGAAGUGGUUCAAUUUAUGGAGAUCUUUCUUGGCACUCAGGGUUGAAUGAACUUGAUGAAUCUAGUUUAUUUGGUUAUGGGCUUGGCGCCACAGCUACAGAUGUAAUUUCCAGUGGUUCAAUAGAUUACAUAAGUGAUUAUGAUGUUACAAAUAGGCGUAUAAAUAGAGGAAAACACUUCGUUACCGGCAGACAAUAUCCGCCGGUAACAUGUGAAAUUCAAUGGAAAUCCUCAGUUUCCGACGCAUUUCCGUCGGAUUGCCUCCGCUAG